AUGAGUCGAAAGGUAACGAAAGAACAAAAUGAGGUAUCGUUGAUCAUUGGGACGCUGCCGAAGCGACUGCAAAACAAGAUUGCUGCAAGCUGUAGCCACGCAACAGCAACAGCAGUGGAAGAUGCUGAAAAUGCGGAGCCCCCGAUGGCUACGACGACAAUAGCAACAACAACCAAGAAGAUGUGCCCAAGGCCAAUCACGAUUUUGAGCAAUUCAUCAGUAAAAGGAAAAUGUAAUGAUAAAAUGCCCGUUUUGGAUACCAGCGGGUCGAGCCACAAGCAACUGCGGGAUGUAUGUAUACCAGGCAUACUGCGGGUCACGGCAAACGUGUCUGAUAACGCUAGUGCUACUUGUCAUUUUGGACGCCGACGUGGGCGCACUCAGGACAAGAAGAAUAAGGCUCACACGCCGCACUCGCCACAGGAGCGCACUCGCCUGACGACUGAGCAUCCCGAGUGGUUCGAGCCCAUGCUGAAUAUGCCCAAUGCAAAGGAUAUUGUACAGCUGUACGACCAACUUAUGGUGCUGCAGCACAGGAACCUUAUCCUAGUCAACUGGAAAAACUUUUGCUAUAUCCUCAACCAGCUGCAGGAGGCCUUUAAAACCCUGAUGCUGGAGCAGCUGCGAUUUGUCUGCGAGCACAAGGUGGAUGCCUUCUUCUGGAAGCUUUUAUUCUACAACGUGCGCGAAUAUCUGAAGCGGCAGCAGACCGACCAGGCGCGCUGCCACACCUUGCUGCUGAUCGAGCAAGCACUCAAGUUCUACCACACUGUCUUUGAUCAACUCAUGACAAAGUAUGCUUCGUCUUCGCGCUGCGAGAGUGCCGUCAAGGUGGUUGCCCAGCGCCUACUAAUCUGCCUGGGUGACCUGUCUCGCUACCGCGUUAAUUACGUACAAGGCACGGACUACCUGGAGGCUGCACGCUACUACCACCGAGCCCAGGAGCUGGUGCCCGGAAACGGUACGCCAUACAAUCAGCUGGCUAUCGUUUCCAUUUUUCAUCAUAAGCGCUUCGAUGCAGUCUACUAUUAUGUGCGCAGCUUGUUGACUUCAAACUCUAUACAAACAGCCAAGGAGAGCUUGCUGGAUCUGUUUGACGAGAUUCGCCGAAAGUACGAGGAUACAGAAAUGAAAAAAUCUCCCUUCAAUUGUGGGCCAAUCACGAAGGACAACCAGAAGUCCAAGCACAUGCGAAAAGAAGUUUGGAUCUACCCGGAUGGUAUACGCUGCUUGCACCGAUCUGAUCUAAAGAAAAAGGGCAAGAACAAGGUGACCCUGGCCGAGGUUAACCGCUACGACGAAAUGUCACCAGUGGAUCUAUUGCCACGCGUUGUCUCCCUUUACUUGUACUUGAUUGGCAAACUCUACAAUGGAACUGAUGUGGACUCAUUGUACCAGCUGCUACGAAAACUUCAAAUUCAGCUGAGUGUUGCUCUGAAGCAGUCGAACCUCUUGUCACGUUCCAAACUGGUAAAAAUGGUGGCACUUAACCUGUUCGUCAUGGAGCACAACAAGCGUAAAGUGUCGCGUCGUGAGAUGCGUUAUCACAGCUUCAAUUUUGCAAAUUCAUUGUUUGGCCUUAUGCUGAAAAUAACAAACGAAACGCUGGCCAACUUUGUUGAGGAAUCGACAAGCGUUCAGGAUCUUGCCGAUGACAAAUACACCACUGUAAACACGUAUCUGCAGUUUGUGAAUGUCCACGUCCAUUGGUUGAGCAUCAAUGUGGAUUUGUGGGAGCCGGUGCGCUCGGAGGAGCACUCAUUCAUCGAUUGCUGGGCCGAGCUGUCAACCCUUUUCAUAAACAUUGAGUGGUUGCUCGGCAAGUACAAGCUCGACCAGGAGGACAUUAAAAAAUGUUCCAAGACCAUUUUGGACGAAGAUAUUGCCCUGAGCGGAUUCAGUCCGUUGGGUAAGGAUACAACGAGCAGAGUCAACGGUCAGCGUGGGUCUGAGCGCAUCCAGUUUCUUGUGCGCAUGCAGAAGAUAGCUCAGUUCCAGGAGUGCUUUUUGCAGCACCAGGAUGCCCUGCAGCAUCCACAAGACUCCAGCUUCACCAUUGAAGAUCUCAAUGAUGAUAUGAAGGUUGCUCUCAAUAGCUUUGAGGCCGAAAGUUGUGGCCUUUCAGAGGAUUCGUCUUCAGUGAGCAAACCAGAGGGGCAGACCAAAUCGGAAAAAAAAGGAGUCAUCUGCCCUUCUACUGACUUUGAUGUCUCGCAGCUUUGCAAGCUAAAGAAGGAGCUGGAGGAGAAGGCCAGAGUGAAGAAGUUCUGCAACAGCAAGUUGGAGGAAAUUCUCAAAUUGGUGGACACAAAAAUAUACAUAGAGGUGCGUCCGCGCUAUCUGUUGCCGGACACCAACUGCUUCAUUGAUUGCCUGGAGGACAUUGAGAAGUUGUCCAUGGAAUACAAACGCUACACGCUCAUAAUACCCCUCACAGUCGUCAAGGAGCUGGACGGACUUUCCAAGGGCGUCAAGUUGGACGCUUAUCGUAGCUCGCGACAGACAAAACGGAUCCACCACUUUGACGAGGUGUCGACGCUCGCCAAAAAGUCACUGGAGUUCAUCAAGUCGGCUAAAAGCAAUGUGAAGUGUGCAACUACAAAGGGAUCUUUUGUAAAUGCCUCGGUAUUUGGAUUGGUUGAGGAGGAAUACUUGUCCAACGACGACAAAAUUCUGGCAACGGCUGUAGCUGUUUCCAAGACUACCAAGUCGGAACAAUGUAAAGAUGGCAAGUGCUUCAUUCAAACGGAGCUGGUGCUUAUCACCACCGAUCGGAACUUGCGCGUGAAGGCCCUGACUCGCAAUCUAGCCGUUAGCGCUUUGGAGGAGUUUCUGCAAUGGGCCAAAGAUUGCCGCGAAUCGACCUGAAAGAAGAUUGGCAGUGCGAAUCGCUGGUCCCUGCUGACUAUGGAGACAGGCUCGCCCACCAGCUGCUGGUGAAGAGCGGGCUUGUGCUGUUAUAUUUAAUAGAUUAUUCGCAUGUGGCUACGAGUAUGUGUCUCGUGGUCGGAAGUCCCUGCGCGCGAAUACGUUCACGAGAGACGUAGGCUCCUGAUGGCUGGACAAGAGUACGAAUGUAGGGUACAUAGGUGCUGGUAUCUUCUGGGGGAUGAUUUCGUCGCACCGGAUCAUGUGGUGUUCCCACACAUUUAAAUUUCCUUUUCCCCAUUUCUUUCAAUGUACUUUCAAUAAAAUUAAAACCAAUUUGGAUUGUUCUUCAA